GAGCAUUCCGACCACUGUCAUUCUACCUGAGCUGGAGGUUGGUGCCAUUGAAACUUUGGAGGCGAAAGCUUCAGUCCAAGCAGAUGCAGAUGCCAUUAAAGAACGUAUCCAAAAAGAACACCAAUCCUUCGAGUAUGUGAACAAGACAGUGGAGCAAGCCCUUUGGUGUGAAGUCACCAAAUUCCUGGAGCAGUCUCAACAAGAACCCGAAGAGAUCGAGCUGUCAACACAAACGCCUCAAGACUCGGACCUGUCGACCAGCUCAGCUCAAGUGCUCAAGUUUUGCAGUGACCGAGCUGACUCGACCCUCGGCACCGUGCCGUGCCAGGCCAGAAGAGCCCAGCGCCUGUGGAGUGCGGCCAAUGUGGUGCAGGUGUCGUGUCGGAAACAGUUGCAUCGCAGAGGCUUGAUUCUGCAGCCGAUGUGGGCAGUGCCGGCCGUCCAUUGUGGAGAUGACUCUGGCGAAGCCAAUCCCUGCAGUGCCUGUGUGGGGUGUGGCAGCCAAGCCAGCACAGUCGGCAGAGACGUGGAUGGCUGGAACAGUGAAAUUAUGCCGGAUGAGGCUGAUAUCUUCCGACAAAUCCCUCACCAGCUCAUAGGGGUGCAGCUGCAGGCAGACGCUUACAUUGGCGAUUCGGAGGUUUCAGUGGCGCAUGCUGCCACCAGCCCGAUUCAAAAGCGUCGGAUGCUUAGCACUGCAGUGAGUGAUGCAGCUGGACACCAAAGUGGCAUCCACAACGCUGGAACUUCCAAAGCUGCGGCACAGCGCCGACGCCGCUGGAGCCCUCAGCUGGUCUAUGGUGUCAAGCAGGACGACCUGUCGGAUGGAAGUUCCUUGGAACUGAUGGCGGGACCAGCACAUUGCCUGGAGAACAGGAAACAAAGGAUCCCAGAAAAACCAGACACCAAGCUGUUUCGGGAUCUUGAGCCCCAAGCACAUGGGAGCCUCACAGCCAUGAAGUGGUUCGGUCUUCUUCAUGUGUUGCCAUUGCCGGCAUUUGGCUGGUGGUGUGAAACGAGUGAUCGUCACGGUUGCCGGGGGCAGUCGAGACAUUUUGUCCGAGCAGAAACACAUCCAUUUUUGGUCUUUGAAGAUAUCAAAACUGUCUAUACGGAGGAGCCCAUAGUCGUAGAUUGGGAUCAUGAUGGCGACUUGGAUGUGAUCUUGAAGAAGUCGGAUGGACUUUCACUUUUUGAGUUCAAGUCAGGGAGGCGCUUUGUGGAAGUGGAGCCCAAUCCGUUCCACGGCAUUCCUGUUGGAUACGGCCGACCUGCAAUUGUAGACUGGAAUGGGGAUGGCUUUUUGGACUUGAUCAUCGGAGCUAAGGAUGGAAUCAGAUACUAUCAGAAGAAGCCCGACCUUCAACUUCAUCAGCGACUGGGGGCCGAGAACCCCUUUCGACACAUUCUGACGGGCAAUAUUUUUUCUUCCGACAUCUCCGUUGGCGACUGGGACGGUGAUGGCGAUUUGGAUGUUCUUCACUCCACUACUUACGGUCCAAUGCAGUACUUCCAACAAUCUGAAGGCCAACUUGUGCUUCUAGAGGGGCGGAAGAGCCCAUUCUAUGAAAUUCUAAAUCAAACAAAGACACACAGACCUAUCAUGGCAGAUUGGAAUGGAGAUGGAAACAUGGACCUACUGCUGUUGGCAAAGGUUGUUCUCCAAAUCAACUCAAACAUUGAUCAGAGUUCCCUGUGCACUUCUUAUUUGUAUGAGCAGCACAAGAUCGGUGGAAAAACAAUGUUGGUGUUCAAGGACGAGCCGUUUUUCCGGAAUGAAGGGUGCAACUCGUUUGAUGGCUCUGGUGCAUCCUUGGUGGAUGUGGACGGGGAUGGUGAUUUGGAUGCAAUCUUUGGGUCGCGCCUUGGCCCGUUACAUGUCUAUAAUCGCACUUCUGCCGGCCUGGUGAAGCUGAGAGAGCUCGUAUCGAAUGCAAUGCCGUUGGACAUGAUUCAGCUCGAGUCACAGGAUCCUCGCUUUCAUGCAAAUUUGCUGCGCCCAGUCCUUGCGGACUGGGACUUGGAUGAUGACCUGGACCUGGCAUUGCUCCACCCCUUUGAUCCUGAAAAGAAUCGUUACUUUCUUCAUCUCCCAGACGACACGGUCACAGAGCUGAACGGGCCACCAAACAGCUCGUGCCCAAUCGAUUGGGGCCAGCAUUUCAGCGUCGCUGAUUUUGAUGGAGAUGGAAAGAAUGAUCUUCUGGGUUUUGCUAGAGGAGUUGUUGUCUGUCUUCAGACUUCUUCUGACUUUGUAGUGGUAGAGCCUGAGAAGAUCCCUUUCAACUAUCUACCCAACUGCCCGCUGUGCUUGUCAAAUGAGUCCUACUACUGGGUUUUCAGCACUCUCGGUUUCCCAUCCUUUUUGGACUGGGAUGGCGAUGGGGAUUUGGAUGUGCUCAGAAAGAAUCUGGUAGAUCAGGUCUAUUUGUAUGAGCAGCUGUCCAAUGGCACAAUUUUCGCCCAUCCUCUCCCCCUUCCACCAGCACGCGACUUUUCAGCUGCAGAUUUUGAUGGAGACGGUGAUGUCGACAUAUUGAUCAUCCCACCCAACUCACGCAGCUGUUUGUAUUUUGAGCGGCGGGGUGACGGGAGCCUGGAACAGCUAUUUGGCACUGACAACCCUUUCGACGGUGUGUGCAAGGAAACGAACAAAAAGACUGGACUCAACGAAAUUUCUGCUUCGGUGGGAGACUGGGAUGGAGAUGGCGAGAAAGAUUUGAUUGUGGUAAAUGAUUUCAAAGUGACGUUGUGGACAAAUCGACCAAUGGAAAGUUUUGUCGAAGUGAACGAGAAGGACAACCCGUUCGGACAGCUUCGUCUGCGCACACCAUCAGAGGUGAGUUUCGUGGAUGUGAAUGAUGAUGGGAGGUUGGACGUCGUCGUACCGCCACAGUCCUUUCCCUUGGCAUGGUGGAGGGGGUAUGAAACAUACAGUUUUUUCGAGAAUGGAGCCAAUGGAUUGCUGGUAGAGCAGCUCGGUCGAGCGAAUCCGUUUGACAAGGUCGCCUACAACAAAACAAACGAUCGAUUCUGGAAAUUUGUAAAGAACCAAAUUGUGGAUCUCGAUGGUGAUGGAGAUUUGGACAUAGUUCACAGAGAUCUGCAAUACACACGAAAUGAUGGCGGUCAUUUCACAUAUCUUGAUCCUUCUGACCCUGAUCACCCGUUUCGAGGAGUCCAGGACAACUUUUUGUCCUGCUGGACUUUCGUGGAUUGGGAUAAGGAUGGGGACCUUGAUUUGGUGCAAACCUAUAUGCGCGGAGGUAAUACUGCGGAAGAAAUAGCUGAGUAUGUGCAGUGGAGAGUUGGGAUUCUUAUGGAAAUGGUGCACAAUGGCACCAGCAAAGUGGAGAGAAACGCCUGGGAAAAAAAGAACUCGUUUCGUCAGAUGCGCUUCUAUCGCAAUGUUGGUGGGAUCUUCCAAGAACUCACUGGGUCUGCAAACCCUUUCCAUGACGUUGCCUUGGAUGGUUAUUCCUCGUGCCCUACCUUUGUGGACCUUGACAAAGAUGAAGUCUUGGAGUUGGUCCUCGGAACCGAUAAUGGCAACGAGACGCCGUUUGCUGACUUACUCAUAAAGGGAUUCGGCGAUGCGUAUGGUAUCAUCCCUCGCUUCAUAGAUUGGGAUGGCGAUGGUAACAUGGACUUGGUGAUCACAGGAACAGACAAGGAGGACAAGACUGCAGCCUCUGUGGCAAUUUUUAUGUCCGUGAGAAGGACCAAUGCAGGUGUUUGUGAAGAUGAUGCAGAUGCAAGAAACAAUAGGCUUGCGAAGAAUCUGACCGGCUUCGAAGUGACUUCUGCUAGAGGAACUGGCCAAUGCACAUGUUCCCCGCCAUUUUUUGGGCACGGCUGCCAAGAGGGGCGGUGUCCUCCAGGAGAGCGUUUGGACAGACAUGCAGAAGUGGACAUGGCUACCGAGAAGUAUCUUCAGUGGGAAGUUUGUGCGCCGUGCGAAUCUGGCAAAUUCAAAAAUUUCUCAGGCAACGAGGAAUGUUCUUUUUGCCCAGAUGGCCAUGUGCCACUGAACCGCACCAGCUGUGUUCCUUGUGCUUCUGGCACUGUCUCAUCUCGAGACAACCCUGAGAAAUGUACACCUUGUCCUGAAGGCUCUGUCCCAAACAGACAGACGAAUACUUGUGAGGAGUGCACGGGUCCAACCUACGCAUUUGAAGGAGAUGAGUCUUGCAGGAGGUGUUUCUUUCCAGCUUUGAUCUUGACGGGCGACGAGAAUUUGUGUACCCCGGUCUAUACGGUGCUCUUUCUGUUUGCAUCUAUUCUCUUGGCAGUCUUUGUCCUGGCGAUCUUCGGAAGGUUGCGCGUUGAAUGUCUCAAAAGGCGACUCAAGAAACUAGUUGCCGCAAGGAAUUGGAAGGAUUUGCAUACCACACAGGCCAGACCACUGGAAUAUGGUCUUUGGCAGCGUAGGGCCUGCAAGCUGCUUGCGCUUCGCAAGGCUGAAGUGAAGUCUCGAUCUUUGCAGUUGGGUGUCUCUCUCGACUACGUCUUCGGCAAGCUGGAGAAUAUCUACAAGGAGAAGGCACAGCAGGCCGAGUGGCGAGUCGAUGUAUGGGGCCCAACGACACGGAGCGGUUUCUUCGUGAGGGUUCGCAGCAGUGGAGAUGCAGUUGAUCCCGAGUCUGCUUGGCCUACGAUGUCUAUUUGUGAUCACCCAGAAGACCCAAAUUUUCAUCAGGUAGCGGCGCUGUUGGCUUACGGACCAUGGGCUUUGGGCAAGGGUCUGUGCUGCCCACGUGAUGGGUUGGCAGAUUGCAGCCUUGUCGACGCAUUGGAAACGGAAUGCCACAGCGCAAAGGCGACUUGGUUCCUCUCCUGGGUCUGGAACUACAAAUUCACAACUGUGCUGAAGGCUCUCGCACGGUGGUGGCAAAGGCAUCGCAUGGUCUUAGGAGCAACAGAUGAUGGAAAGGGCAUUUACAUCUGGUGGUGUUUAUUCGUCAACAAUCAGUUCCGACUUUUGGAGGAGGGCCAGACACAAGACACCAACGACUUCUUCCAUGUCUUUGGCCAACAAGUGGAGGGUAUUGGAAAGAUGCUGAU